GGAAGUGGAAAGCCUUACUUACCACAGUUUAUUAUAUGUUUCGUGCCCAUGAUAAUUACUUUUAUAAGGCCAUUCGUGAAUACAUUGAUCAGAUUAGGCUGAAUCACCUGGCUGGCCAAUAGCCAUCGGAAUGAUUCUCCAUGCAUGACUUGGUUGCAUUAUUACAAAACGUGGAAGAAGAGACCUGCCCAGCCAGCGCGGCAGAUGUUCAUUUGUGAUGCUGCCUUAAGGAGAUGAAGAGAUGAGAGCGAAUUGUUCCAGCAGCUCAGCCUGCACUGCUAACAGUUCGGAGGGGGAGCUGCCUGUGGGACCGGAGGUACAUGGGAACCUCGAACUUGUUUUCACAGUGGUGUCAGCCGUGAUGAUGGGCCUGCUCAUGUUCUCCCUGGGAUGCUCUGUGGAGUUCCGGAAGCUCUGGGCGCACAUCAGGAGACCCUGGGGCAUUGCUGUGGGGCUGCUCUGCCAGUUUGGCCUCAUGCCUCUCACAGCCCAUCUCCUGGCCAUCAGCUUCUCUCUGAAGCCAGCCCAGGCUAUUGCUGUUCUCAUCAUGGGGUGCUGCCCGGGGGGAACCAUCUCUAACAUUUUCACCUUCUGGGUCGAAGGAGAUAUGGAUCUCAGGGUUAGCAGUCCUGGCUCCCAGUCUCCCAGGACACAGGCUGAGAAUCCCAGGAAGCUCACGACAGGGGUCUGUUUGGUGGUGGUGGGAUUGAGAUUUAUUAUGCAAUGCACGAACGAAUCAGAGGUGCUGAUGGUGCUGGGAGUUCACGUCAGUGAACCAGCUACAGGAAUCACCCUUGUGUGCCUGACCAUCCCGGUGGCCUUCGGUAUCUAUGUGAAUUACAGGUGGCCUAAGCAAUCCAAAAUCAUUCUCAAGAUUGGGGCCAUUGUUGGUGGGGUCCUCCUUUUGGUGGUCGCAGUUGCUGGUGUGGUGUUGGCAAAAGGAUCUUGGAAUUCAGACAUCACUCUUCUGACCAUCAGUUUCAUCUUUCCUUUGAUUGGCCAUGUCACGGGCUUUCUGCUGGCACUUCUUACCCACCAAUCUUGGCAGAGGUGCAGGACAAUUUCCUUAGAAACUGGAGCUCAGAAUAUUCAGAUGUGCGUCACCAUGCUCCAGCUGUCUUUCACCGCCAAGCAGUUGGUCCAGAUGCUUAGCUUCCCACUGGCCUAUGGACUCUUCCAGCUGCUGGACGGAUUUCUCAUUGUUGCAGCAUACAAGAUGUACAAGAGGAGAUUGAAGAAUGAACACAGAAAAAAGGACACAGAUUAUGCAGAAGGCUGCCAUAAAAAGAAAUCUACUUCUCUCAAAGAGACUGGUGCUUUCUUGGAGGUGAAUGAAGAAGUUGCCAUAACUCCUGGGCCAUCAGUGCCAAUGGAUUUCCACACAGCUUUUGAGUCAACCAGCCAUGUCUCUUCUUGUACCUAGUAAGGGUUGCUGGCCUGACUGGUCUCCAUCUUACUCAGUGGCCAGUAAAGACAGUGAGGAGCUGAUGCAUGCAUCUCAUUGGCAGGGCCUGUGGGAAUAUUUGAAUAGUUAUAUUUUCAUGUGGUUUGUGAAUUGUCAUAGGAUCCAUUUUUGAGAAUGUAUUUCACCUAUUUCAGGGAGUUUUUUGGGGAGGUUUGCUCAAUAUAUUUACUGGCUGCUGUGUGUGUUCUUAUCUUCCCAUGCAGUGAAGAGUAACACCCGUUGUUAUGCGAAGUCGUUCUGGAUUAGAUGUCACCUCCUACUGCCUACACUCUCAUAAAAAAAGUGGCCAUUUCUGAAAUGACUGUUAUUUUUUAAGGGCUUGGAAAUCUUUUUGGAUUCUAGAUGUAAUAAAGUGUAGAGGGAAUUAAUAACCACUUGAGGUUAAAAUGUGAAUGCCCCGUAUUUUCACUCUCUAAUCGUAGGCACAUGUAUAGCCUUCUAAUUUUUGUUUAUAGGUUAUAUCAUUUUAAGAAACAUUGAGAUCAUUCCAUGUAUACUGUUUCAUAAGUCACUUAAUGACAUAUUAUGGAGAAUCUUGACAUGUCAGUCUUUGUUGAUCUACCUCAUUCUUUAGAACAGUGGCUUCAUAGAAGUAUUCCUUUGCAUAGAAGGACUGUAAUUUAUUUAACCAUUCCUUAUUCAUGGACAUUUAGAUAGCUUUGAACUUAUUAAUAUUAUAAUGCUGCUACAAAUACCCACACGGUUGUGCAAGUAUUUUUGGAGAAUCACUUCCUGCAACUUGAAAUGCCAGGCUAACCUCACAUUAAAUGUUGGACAGGCUGCUGUCCGAUGAUGUAUAGCAGUGCCUGAGUGGGGCUGGCUUCCCACACCUGCACCAGUCUAAGGAAUGGUCAAUUCUGAUUUGUGCAAAUAUCUCAUUUAAGAUUGCAUUUAAAAAAUUAUGACUGAAGUAGAGUAUUUUUCACGUUCACUUGUCUAGUCAUGUCCUUUGCUUGCCUUUCUAUUGUAGUCUUUCCUUUUUGAUUGAUACAUUGUAAUACAUUACGAAUAGUGACCCUUUGUCCUGUUUUGUCAACA